AUGGAUGUUGUCACAGCUGAAAGUCCUGGUGAUGAUUCGGGCUCAUCAUCAACUACUAACAAUGACGAAACGAACAUUUUGAAGGGUGAAAUUUCAAGCUCGGUUUUAGAAUCCGAUGUUGACUUAAGAGAAUACUCAAAACGCGUAGAAGAACAACUGAAAAGCUUAGAGGCGUCUGCCAUUUCUUCCUAUGUUCGAAUGGGACCGAACGUGACUGGAUUACAUGAGAAAAUAUCAACUUGUUGCAAGACUUUAGAGCACAUGGAGACGAUCCUAGCAAAUUUUCACCGAGAUCUUGGUAAUAUUAGUUCUGAUAUACAAGAUCUACAAAUUCAGUCAUUGAAUAUGCAGCAAAAGCUUCAGAAUCGCCAGGCCGUUCGAGGGGAACUGAGUCAAUUUCUAUCAGAUGUAGUUGUUUCUGAUACAGUUAUCCAACAUAUACUUUUGACUCCGGUCACUGAACAAGAUUUCGUAGACAAUUUACAUGAAUUGGAUCAUAAGCUGAAUAUUCUUGCUGAAUAUGGUGCUAUGGAUUAUCCAGCUUGUCAAGAUAUCGGUUCGCUUUUGACCAAGUUAAAGAUCAAGUCCAUAACACGAAUUCGCGACUUCCUAAUGGAGAAAAUUAGAGCUUUACGCAAGCCCAUGGCCAACUAUCAGGUUCUUCAGUCGCAGCUUCUUCGAUAUAGAUUUUUCUACAAAUUUCUUCUCGUUCAUGAAAGAGAGGUAGCCCGGGAAAUUCGAAUUAAUUAUCUCUCAACGAUGGAUAAAGUUUACUUUGCCUAUUUCAAAACCUACGCCGCAAAGUUACUUAAACUUCAGGCUGACAGCUCUUUAGAAAAGGAUGAGCUCGUGGGGAAGAAAUCUGAUGAGAUGAAUACCUGGAACCAAAAUCCGGCCCAGUCUGGGGCUUCCAGUACAUCUUCAAACGCCUCGACCCAACCCACGUCUCGUCCAGGCCAAUUUGGUCUUGGAGAUCGUGCUGAACGCCUUCUUACACGGGAAGGUCUUCAAGCUGCCAUCCUUCUGCCUCACGCUGCGUCGAAAAAUGAAGCCAAAUACCUAGUUGAGGAGGUUUAUCGAUCCAUUAACUAUGCCGUCUUAGAUACAGCCUGCAGGGAAUAUGUCUUCUUGGGAGAUUUCUUUCUACACAGUUUUGGUUCAUCCUUGUUGGGGUCAAACAAUGCCCCUAGUAGUGAACAAGUUGCUGCGUCGCUGUUUGAUAAAAUUUUUGGUCGAACUGUUGAAGCGCUGGAAAGUUCUAUUAUGCCUCAAUUGAUUCAUCUUGGACAAUACGAUCUGUUGGGUCUUCUACUUAGCAUUCAGCUUACACAUUUGAUGAUUGACCUGAUGAAGGAACGUGGAGUACCAGUACUAGAUAGCUACUGGUCUGGUCAGCUAGAUACGAUGUGGAGUGGUGUGCUGGAUCGUAUGGAGGCUCAUAUCACUUCCCUCCGGGCAUUGGACACGGCCCAAUUCGCCCAGGCUGCAGCUUUGCAUCUGCGCUCGAAACAUGGAAAUAGUGUAAAUGAGGCUGUUGGGGUGUCAAAUCUCUCACCUCGAGCUUACAGUCUCAUCAGACCGCACCCUGUGGCUCGUCGAUAUGCUGAACUUGCCGCCAGUUUGCAUUCAAUUGGUGGUGCGCUGUCUAUCCCAGAAACUAACGAGGAUGGAAGUGUGACGGUGGGUCAAACGGUUGGACAUAAGUUGGACGAUCGGGUUGUGUUGGCCCUGUCAAAAAUGCACAAGGAAUUCGAGGCUACUUGCUAUCGCCUAGCCAAAACUCUUCCACGCAACCGUCUUCGACUUGUCUUCCUCAUUAAUAACUUUGAUCUCAUUGUCACUGUUCUCUCGGAAAAGGGUGCCAAUAAUUCGCCUGAAGUUAAUCAAUGUCAAGAAGCCAUCGGAAUGUACACUACAGCCUAUAUCGACCAAGCCCUCAUACCCUACUUUGGCACCAUGAUCAACUUCAUUCAAAUGGUCGAGAAACGCGGUCCCACUGAGAGCGUGGACCAAAAUGAAGAAGGACUUGUCACCAGAGUAGUCAAGGGAUUCAAUAUCGACUGGAAAAACUCGAUCGAAAAAAUCAAUGGUGAAAUUAUGCUCGAGUUUGCAAAUUUCACACUUGGUACUCAAAUUUUCCACGCAUUGCUAUCUCAACUGGUUCAAGUAUACCAUCGUUUUCAGAAAGUGAUGACCCUUCCACCCUACAAGACGAUGCCGGUGAGAAAUCAGCUUGUCUCCAUCCACCAAAUUAUGAAUGAAAUCAAGGGAUUCAAAUCCAACUUUUGA